AUGGCAGCUAAUCCACACAGGGGCGGUGCGGGUGGUUCCCUUUACGGUGGCGCUGCUCCGUAUAGAUCAAGAGAUGGGCUUAGCACAAGAAACGCUGGAGGUUCAGAGGAAAUCCAGCUGCGUAUUGAUCCUAUGCACUCUGAUCUCGAUGAUGAGAUCACAGGUCUCCACGGCCAAGUCAGGCAAUUGAAAAAUAUUGCUCAAGAAAUCGGGUCAGAAGCCAAGUUUCAGAGGGACUUCUUAGAUGAACUGGUUAGAUUAUGUUCAGACUUAUACUCAGGCUCUGGUCUGAACUCUGGUGGGUAG